CGGCCAGGCGCAGUCGCGAUGUCGGUGGCUGGGCUGAAGAAGCAGUUUCACAAAGCCAGCCAGCUGUUCAGUGAGAAAAUCAGCGGCACCGAAGGAACCAAGUUGGAUGACGAAUUUCUUGACAUGGAAAGGAAAAUAGACGUAACCAAUAAGGCUGUCACGGAAAUUCUUUCCAAAGCCACCGAAUAUCUUCAGCCAAAUCCAGCAUACAGAGCUAAGCUGGGGAUGCUGAACACCGUGUCGAAGAUCCGAGGGCAGGUGAAGACCACCGGCUACCCGCAGACCGAGGGCCUGCUGGGCGACUGUAUGCUCAAGUACGGCAAGGAGCUGGGUGACGACUCCACCUUCGGCAAUGCGCUGAUAGAAGUUGGGGAAUCCAUGAAGCUCAUGGCGGAGGUGAAGGAUUCCCUGGAUAUUAACGUCAAGCAGACUUUCAUCGACCCGCUUCAGUUGCUGCAAGAUAAAGAUCUGAAAGAGAUUGGACACCACCUGAAAAAACUCGAAGGCCGCCGCCUGGAUUAUGAUUAUAAGAAGAAGCGAGUGGGGAAGAUACCCGAUGAAGAAGUCAGACAGGCGGUGGAGAAAUUUGAGGAGUCCAAGGAGCUGGCUGAAAGAAGCAUGUUCAACUUUUUAGAAAACGACGUAGAGCAGGUCAACCAGCUGGCCGUGUUUGUCGAGGCAGCAUUAGACUAUCACAAACAGUCCACGGAGAUCCUGCAGGAACUGCACACCAAGCUACAGAUCCGAAUAUCUGCUGCGUCCAGCAUCCCCCGACGGGAGUACCGGCCCCGGCCUGUGAAAAGGAGCUCAAGUGAGCUCAACGGAGUUUCUACCACGUCGAUGGCCAAGACUUCUGGUUCUAACGCUUCCAUGGACCAGCCGUGCUGUCGUGGUCUCUAUGACUUUGAGCCAGAAAACCAAGGAGAAUUAGGAUUUAAAGAAGGGGACAUCAUUACGUUAACCAAUCAGAUAGACGAAAACUGGUAUGAAGGAAUGAUUCGUGGGGAGUCGGGAUUCUUCCCCAUUAAUUAUGUCGAAGUGAUUGUGCCUUUACCUCAGUGAGUGUGCCCCGUGCCUGCGGACGACCUCUCAGAACUGUCACGAAUACAGUGUUCUCCCCGUGUGCCGCUCUGUGACCUGCUUGCGCCUCACUUCUCUACACGUGUUCUCUUUCUCAUAUAUUUUGUACCAUUUUGGUUUGUAUAAAUGUUUUUCUUCUUGUUCUAGCUCCCCCACCCCCCCUUUUUUUUUUUUUUGGCUUCUUGUCCUGCAAGUCAUGGAUUAAAUAUCUGUGCUUCUUGUUGCUGCAAGCAAAUGGGCCCCAGCAGCGCCACCUCAGCCACCUGCCCUUGCCCCUCAGCUGUGGCAGAAGGCAAUGUUUGAACCCGAGAAAUGCUCCAGUGUCUUUGUUUCUUGACCUUACUGAUGGUGGAUGGUCCUUUCCCUUCAUCUUGUUUGCAGCCAACCUGUGAAUAGCCUAAUAAACAUGACGCACUGUG